AUGACAAGCGAGGGAGUGCACCACAAGACAGAGAAGAGGGACGACGUGGAGGCUCAAGUACAGGAGGGAAAAAAGCUCGAGCAAGACGACACAGGCAGUGAUGUCUAUGCCAUCCUGGGAGAACCGGAAAAAGAAAAAAAAACACUCAAGGGAAAAAUCAUCGAAUUAGAGAACACAAUAAACACAAAAAUCGUGGAACUUCAGAACGAGGUAAAUGGGUUGAAGCAGAAUCAACAGACACAGGACUUAGACUUUUCGGACAUCUUAAAAGAAUUCAAAGAUGAGAUAACUCAUAAGAUUAAUCAGGUGACCGAGGUAAUCGAAAAGAAAGUGGAAGAACAGAAUUUGAAACAUGGCAAGCUAUUUAACAUCCUCGUGUCGCUGAGGAAUGAAAAUUCUACCAUUAACAAGUCGCUUUCUUUGCUCAACGAUAAGAUUCAUAUGAUUGAGGGGGAGAUUGGCGAGUGA